GCACAGGGGGAAGUUCUUGUCUAACUCUCCCAGCAUGGCCAGAGCUGCUGCACACAUGUAGCUUCCCAUACUGUGGCAUCACAUGCUUGUAUGUCCUUGCAUAGUUAUGGCUGACAGAUGACAAUGCCUUGUGAUUAUCCAACUCCUGGCAUGCUCUGUGUGUUCAGGUCCCUGUGUUUGAAAGAGAAUCUGUCAAUACAAGAAAAGCAAUCUGCAAAGAGAAUUUUUGGCACUUACUCCAGAUCCUAGUCACUGCAGAAGGGCAAAGAAAAAUGAAGGGAAAAGAAGAAUUGAUCCCUGGAGCUACUGGUAUCACAUUAUCUCAACAGAUUCUUGCAUCAUCUACAGGAGCUCUGCUGACAUCUCUUUUUGUUACACCACUGGAUGUUGUGAAAAUUCGACUCCAGGCUCAAAGCAAGCCCUUCAUUAAAGGAAAAUGUUUUGUUUAUUGCAAUGGUUUAAUGGACCAUCUAUGUGUGUGCGUAAAUGGGAACAGCAAAGCAUGGUACAGGGCACCGGGUCAAUUCAGAGGAACUGCGGAUGCAUUUAUCCAAAUUAUCAGAAAUGAAGGAGUCAGGUCUUUAUGGAGUGGUCUUCCCCCAACACUAAUUAUGGCAGUCCCUGCCACAGCGUUUUACUUCACGUUUUAUGACCAGCUACGGGAUAUUCUAAUUCCAAGAUUGCAAGGAAAUACAGAAACUGCUAGUCUUCUUGCUGGGGCAACGGCCAGAUUGGGUUCAGUGACUCUCAUUAGUCCACUAGAGUUAAUUCGGACAAAGAUGCAGUCCCGACCGUUGUCCUACAGAGAGUUGUGUCUGUGCAUCCAGAGUUCGGUUGUGAAGGAUGGCUGGCUGUCCCUGUGGAAAGGAUGGGGCCCUACAGUCUUGAGAGAUGUCCCAUUCUCUGCUCUGUACUGGUUCAACUAUGAACUCGGAAAGAAAUGGCUGUGCCAGAAGUACAACUCUCCCGAGCCAACGUUUUCAAUCUAUUUUAUAGCUGGGGCUGUGUCUGGUUCAAUUGCUUCGAUUGUAACAUUGCCUUUUGAUGUUGUAAAAACCAGAAGACAAAUUGAAGUUGGUGAACUUGAAGUGUUUAGUACUUCCCAGAAAAGAUCCACAUCAACAUGGAAGGUGAUGAAUACAAUACUGGCUGAGAAUGGGUUCAGUGGGCUGUUUGCUGGUUUAAUUCCUCGUCUAAUUAAAGUAGCGCCUGCCUGUGCCGUAAUGAUCAGCACCUAUGAAUUUGGGAAAACUUUUUUCCGCAAGUUAAACAAAGAAAAACAGUUGAAAAAGCCGUGAUCUUGCCACGUUCUCUCGUUCCUGUUUAUUGUUCUGAUUUACGGAGAGCAAGACGCACAGAGCUUCGCCUAAAUCUUAAACGGGAUAACUCUGUGUAGUAGUCCACACAAUGGGCAGGAUCAGACUGUGAUCAGAUAAACCAAGAGAAGAGUGUACUGUAGGUACCAACGUAAGCACAUUUUAAUGUACACAUAGUAACCCAAACACUAUAUUGAACCAUUCAGAUGACCCAUAAAGGAAUAGAAAGGAUGAUUGAAAGAACUACGAUGGCUUACACCACAUAUUACCUAUGUUAUUUAUCUAGGUAAAUAGAAUUAUCGGUAUCCUAACAGUAGUGCCAAAGUCCCAGAAUCUGCAACUGGUCCUGUAGUAAGGUUAUAGUAAUUAUAGAUACCAAACUAUGUAUUUUAAUUGGGGUCAACUAGUUUGGUUAACAAAACCGCACAGAAAUCUUUUAGCUUAUACUAUGGGGGCAGAGAUGCUCAAAUUGUAGUAUAUGCAUAUUUUUGGACCAUCGUUCUGUUAAUAACAGGAGUAUUAAAACAUAAAAUGCCAAGGAGUAUUGUACAAAUGACAUAUCAAGCAAAUCUGGAGUUACCCUCAAGUACCUGCGGGGAGCAUUAGAAAACUGUAAAAUGAAUAAAUUGUUAUAUAUUACUUACAGCUUUUCAGAAAAGAAAUGUAAAUUAAUUAUAUUGGAAACCUAUGUAAUUUAUGGCUGAAGAGGAAGUCAUUUUUGUGCUUACAAUGUCCCUUUAAUAUAAAUAUUUUUUAAUAUAAAUUGUGACACAAACUAAUUAUUUGUUGUGUAUUUGAAAGUUAUUUUGUAUUCUAAAAUACUGACAUUCUGACAGUAGUAAGACAUAGGUAAUGAGAAAUAUAUAUAUUUGACGGAGAUCCUGUACUCCAUCUGAGUACCUCCAUCAAACUUUCCCUGUUUCUGGAGUAGAAUCGUUGAAGUGAUUUAUAGAGGCUCCACAA